GGAGUACCUUGGUACUGCUUCGGCGUUUAUUUGUUGAUAGUUUGGAGAACGGGACAGUUUUGGAUCCGAGACGGCAUGGGUUCGAAUUAUAGGUAUCAUGGUCGAGAUAACCAUCGUGAUUGGAGCGGGGAUCGAGGCAGGGACUAUGGCAGCCACAAUGGUGGUCGCGAUCAGCAUAGUGAAGGACGAAGGGAGCGUCCGAUUGAGCGCGGUAAUUCAAGUCAAUCCGGUCCGAGGGAGGCCCCGAAUCGAAUCGCCCCCGUCUGCUACGAAUGCGGGGAGCCUGGACACUACCAAAAUCAAUGUCCGAGGCUAGGGAGGGACGGUGGACCUAGGUACGCCAGGCAGCGUGGAAGGUCCUUAUCACCAAGGCAGCAUUUUCGUCAUCCGGAACCGAGAGUUGUUUCCGAGGAUCCAACGGUCAAGCGUCAAAUCGAAGAAUUAGCCGCGUCUAUGGCGGCCAUGAAGGAAGCCUACGAUGCUGAGAUAGCAGCUAAGGAAGCGAAGAAAAAGAAGCAGGAGAAGUUGGAACGAAAAAAAAGGGAGGAGGAGGAAGCCAAAGCUGCGGAGGAAGCCCGCUUGGCGGAACGGAGGAGGAUCGCAAGAAAGGAAGAAAAAUUGCAGAAGGAGGAGGAAGACCGGCGGUUGUUGCGCAAGGAACUGCUCACGGAGUUCUCUCUCCGAAUGGGGCAACUCGAUGAAUCGCUCCAGCGCCGAUACGAGAGAGAUCUAAGGGAACGAAUGAAGGGGAAGCAGAAGGCCCGUGCUGCCUCAUCCGACGACGAAGAUGCCCGGUCAUAUGAGAGCGACGUGGACAUCCUUAGUCGAAAAACGGAGUGGCUGGUUAUCACGAAUAAGAGGAAACGGAGCGCUGAGAAGGUUGUCGACGACAACCCACCUAUGGAAACACCAGCGAAACGGACGGCCAAACGACGACUCCAGCUGGGUUGUCGUCAUCAACCGAUGAAGAAGACUUCUCCUCUCAAGACUCCUCGUAGGACUUCAGGGACGGGCAAGAGGAAGCUCGCGGGACUAUCGAAGAUGCAAGCCAUAUUGGCUAUUGUGGAGAAGCGGACGCAAAUCGUCGCAUAUGGGGAUGUGGAGGCGAGGCGUCCGGAAGAGGAGACGGGGGAGAACCCAGUGGAAAAGGAGGAGGUGGAGGAGGACGAGGCAGGUAGUAAUGUGUGAACGGAUCGUAAAUUGUGGGUGCUUUGUGGAUGUUUAAUCGAAUUUCGCCGGGAGAACUUACACGACCAGACCGUCGAUUUGUUGUACAGGCUCAUUGUAAUUGCAUUAGCCCUAAGUAAUUAGAUACGAUAGAUGAGUAAAUGUGUGGUUUCGUG